CGCCUGCUCCAAGAGCCCAGCUCAUUGGGGACCCGAUUUGCGACGGGCCCGGGUCUCCGCUACUCCUCUGAGCUCUCUCACGCCCCAUCCUCUUCCAGUGAGCGGAAGCCGGAGUUGGCGAGACUGGCCGGGGAGGAGGAAGGCGGGCGCGCGUGGGCGCCGGGGACUAGGCGAUGUCCACCGGCUCGGUGAGUGACCCCGAAGACAUGGAGGUGAGAGGGCUGCAGCGCGUCUACCCGACCCCCUCCUCCAAGAGGCCACCUCUGCACGAUGCCGAGCGCGGCUACGUCUCUCCCAGCGACAAUUCUUCCGCGGAGGAGGAGGACCCAGACGGCGAAGAGGAGCCACGCUCUUUGGGAGCCGCGGGCAUCCCGGGGGGCUGCAAGAGGAAGCGGCCCCGUGUGGCUGGCCCGGGCGGCGCAGGUGGCGGUGCGGGCAGCGGUGGAAAGAAGCCGCUCCCGCCCAAGGGCUCGGCCGCUGAGUGCAAGCAGUCGCAGCGGAACGCCGCCAACGCCCGCGAGCGGGCCCGGAUGCGCGUGCUGAGCAAAGCCUUCUCCAGACUCAAGACCAGCCUGCCCUGGGUGCCGCCCGACACCAAGCUUUCCAAACUGGACACGCUGCGCCUGGCUUCCAGCUACAUCGCGCACCUGCGCCAGCUGCUGCAGGAGGACCGCUACGAGAACGGAUACGUGCACCCGGUGAACCUGACGUGGCCGUUCGUGGUCUCUGGACGGCCGGACUCUGACACCAAAGAUGUUUCUGCAGCCAACAGACUCUGUGGAACUUCCGCUUAGAAGGACAGCAACACAGCUGAUGGGUUAUGUUAAAUGGAAAGGACCGGGCCAAGGAGGUCCUGUUGGAUUCCGGACCUUCUCCUCUUCCUGGACCUGUUAACAGGACGGGUGACUAACCUGGUGGAGCACAGGUGGACCUGGCUGCUGCGGAUCAGCGCAACUGUAGCCAAAGAGAGCCUGGUUUCCUGGGGAGAAGUCUCAGACUAGAUCCAACCUGGGGCAUUAGCUCUGAGCUCAAACCAUGCCUUCUGAGUCCACAGCAGAAACAGGCUGCUUUCUAAGCUAAUGUGGAUUUUCCCUGUAGUUUCCCUGCAGAGCCAGGUCCUUCCCUGUGACCUUGUUUGAGCGCUCUUUUCCAGCUCUGGAAACGCUGGAAAAGUCCAUCAGGGACCUCUUUCUCAGUUUCGGAGGACAGUGUCAAACUCCCACCAGGAAGUUCUCUUUUAGUGACGGUACAUGGCGAGAUGGUGACAUAUACCACCGAAAGCCGGUUUUGCCCUUAAUCCCUCAGCGUUGGGGUCUGCUUCCUGAGCUCCCUUGUCUCUCUGAUCAGUGUUGGGACAGCCUGCCCUCUGUCUGGUCUCCACCCAGUGGACCCAGCUGGUUUAUUUGGUUCUCAGUCUCCUCCCCAUCCACAGUUUCUCCUUAAGUCUUAUUUGACUGCCCUUUUGUGACAACUCGCCCCUCUAAACAGCUCGCUCCUGCCACUGCACAGCCUCCUGUGGGGUUCAGGUUCUCCCAGGCACCCACUAUUCUUCCUGGUCCAAGGACUGAGCAUGGUGGGCGGUUGGGGCUGGUCUCUCUACCCACUGGCCCAGUGCAUGGUGCUUGGUGGUCCUGGCAACGCUGUAGUG